GGGUGUGGGCAGUGCUGCACCUCCGUCUGCCCUGUGAAAAAGCUGUGAAAACUGUGUCUCCUUGCUGCUGGAGUUCAUGGUGCAAUUUGUGUAUGAAGAUGAUGAAGCAGCUGCUGGGAUGUGUCCGCUUGCAGAUUUGUCUUUGCUAUCACAAAACCGCCGUUUUCCCCUGCUUGCCAACUAAGCCGUCUCCUUUCCCACGGGUGUGCCUUUAGAUGGCACAGAUUGCAAGCUCUGGAUAGCCUAGGUGGAGUGUGUCUUCCUUUUAUUCCGUCUUCAUUUACCAGUGACCUGCAAGCAAAACUCAGCUGUAGUCUUUUCUUCCAUACGGCAAUGUAGCAGUGCACAUUCAGCUCCACGCUGCUGUUUCCAUCUUCCAGCUACCUUGUCAGGGGGGCUGUCUGGCUGGUGAUGGAGCACAUGGACGGAGGCUCUUUGGCGAAGGUGGUCAGCAAGAAAAGGAUGGCUGUAGGACACAUAGCAACUGUCUGUCGGGAGUGCCUGCAAGGCCUGGCUUUCCUUCACGCCAACCAGGUGAUCCACAGAGACAUCAAAAGCGACAACAUCCUUCUGGGCCGGGAUGGCUCUGUCAAGCUGGCUGAUUUUGGCCUCUGUGCUCUGCUCAGCCCUGGGCAGAGUAAGCGGAGGUCAGUGGUCGGGACAACUUGCUGGAUGGCACCCGAGCUUGUGAGGGGAGAGCCAUACGGCCCCAAAGUGGACACCUGGUCCCUUGGCAUCGUGGGAAUAGAAAUGGCCAAAGGAGAGGCUCCUUAUGUUUGGGAGAGCAGUGACAGGCAUCCAUUUCUCAAGCUAGCGGAGCCUCUCUUCAGCCUCUUCUGACAGCCCGAUUGCUGACAUGCCUGCAGCAAAGUAGGGCAGGAAGCAGAGGAGAUGACAAGGACCACUUCAGCACUUUGAGAACCUCGGAGCCUCUGAGAACAGGCAGAAGUCCUGAGGAGAGAGGGCCCAGGAGACAGGCAGGCUGAGACAGGGGGGGAAAGGAAGGUGGCAUCUCCUUUUCUCCCAUCUGCUCCCAUCCUCCUUCUGAAUUUCUGCUUAGGCCAGCAUUGCUGGAGGGCACAAAGCCACUACUGAUGUGCAGAUCUGGGGAAGGCAGGAGUGGCAUUGCAGGCCUGAAGAGAAUGGGAGGGCAAGAGCUGUGUCUCAGCAGGAGGGAGGUCCCACAGGAAGCCACCUGCAGAGCCAGGCUAGAGCUGUGGGAGAGGGCUGCAUGUCAGGCUGCUGAGGGGUGCCUGAAGCUGCUGGGAACAUCCUGUGCAUUCUUUGUCCCAUCGUGCAGUGUACUGCAUGUGUGCUAGUGUGGCCAAAUUGAUCAGAAUAGUGGGCUUUCUAGAUUCCCUUCAGACUCCUGAUUGCUUGUCAGCAAUCACUUGAGACACAAUACUACAGAGAACUUGAUUGCCUUUGGGGCUGGUUUCCUACUGGUGUUGUUUUCAGGACUGGUAUUGUUUUACUAUUCCUUCUGCAGAUCACGUGGGUCCGCACCAUGUAAAUCUGCCCUCGAGGUGCUUUUCAAAUGAAAAAGAAGGAAACAUACAGAGAAUCAAUUGGAGCUGUGGAGCACAUGACCAGGAGCACUUCAGCAUUACUUUCUCCAAUGCCAGCUCAGAGCCAGAUGCGGAAGAAAAAUCCUAGAAACCCUCAAGCUAGUUGGCAGAUUCACUUCCUUGACAAUUACAGGCCGAUCUCUGUGGCUCACUGGUGUACCCAUGACUGGCAACACAAAGGGGGAAUGUCCAGUGCCACACCCAGGUCGGGCCAUGAGUGGCUGAUGCAUGAGAUGCCGGGACGGUGAGCAAAGCCCUGGGUGGGCUUAACUACAAGUUGUGUGCAAGCUUGGAGGUAGGUGCCACAGCCAAAGUCCAUCAUUUUGCCUGCCCGCUGGCCAGGUGGAGGCAGAUGUUGUCAGGUUUGAUGUCCCUGUGCAGGACCUCACAGCUGCUGCAGUGCCGCACGGCCUCCAGCACGUGGCGGAACAGCCCCUGCACCAGUCUUCCGACAGCAAUGCUCGCACCAUAGUGAAAGCAAAGAGGUCCUGGGAUCGCUCUGGGCGCUUCAUCGCCAGCAAGAAGUUUUGGCAGAGCUCAAACCAAUCCAGGAGCUGGACAACACCAUGCAUCCCAGUGGACAUCUUGUCCAGCAGCUCGCUUUCCAGGGACACACAAGUGCCGUUGGGCUGCGGGAAGACCGCAAUGCCGGCAGUGGGGCCGAUGCCGUGCCAAGGGUCUGGAAGCUCUCAGCCAGCCCGGGAUGCUCUGUGCCCUCCACUAAUCUCCCUCUGCUCUCCCUCGAGGCAUCCUGGCAGCUUCUAUCCUGCCGGGCCUCGGUUUACCCCGCCCAGCACGCCCCGGUUUCUGCUGCUGACCCCUCUCCCUCACCAGCUCGCCCCAAUGACAGAUGCAAUCCCCUGACACACAUUUGAUGGCCACCUGCUAGCCAAGGGGAGCAGCGGGCUGAGCUUGCUGCCCGCUAUGAGCCCCAUCCUCCUCCACCCUCACCCUCCUCUGCCCUCCGCCCACAUCCCCACUCACUGGGGUGCCAUCCGCCAGUCGGUCGGGGGCGGUUUUGCCCCUGCAGGGUCUCCUGCGCCUUCCCUGCGGGCCAAACAUGGCUGGCGGCGCACGGCCCGGGCCCAGGAUAGGCCCCCGACCGCCCCUCAAGCGCCCUGGGCCUUGCAGCCCCCUCUGAAUGGGACACCUUAUUUCUCCUGAGCUCUAUCACCAGCUCUCCUAGUGAGAAAAAGCAAAUUUUGAAAGAAAGUGAAAUCUGUGUCUUUAAAAGAAACUUCAAACAGGCCCAUGAGACCCAUUAGACAGUACUAGGUGGGCUUCUGAAGGAGAUAUUUCAGCCAGGCUGCAAUAAGCAAUCAGUCUUCUGUCUGAAGAUCUCAACUUUUAUCUUAAUAAAGCCUCUGAAAUGGAAAAUUUGAAAAUCGACUGUGAUCCCUUUAUUCCUCCUGAUGUGGACGCUGAAGUUUCACAGAGCCUUCACAGCUGAAGCCAAGGCAAGCGCUGCCGCUGCUGCUGCCUCUGCUGCUGUGCCCGGGAGCCCCGGCUGGGCAGGGAUGGCACCACUGUGCCACGGGCUGUUUCUCCUUCCACAGCUGGGCGGUGCUUUUGAGCCAGUAAUGACAGGUGGUGGGAGAAGGAAGGGGACUUUUCCUGCUCCAGCACUUAUGGACACACUAGGGCCACCUUCAGGGCAGAGUUCCGGCCCCCAAAAAGAAAAGGAGAGGGACACCGUUGCAAAACGCCUCCUUUCAGGCCUUCUUGGCUCUUGGAAAGGAGGGACCCGAGUGACAGGACGAGCAGCAGGGCCCGAUCCCGCCUCCGUGCCUGCAGUGAGGGGCGGCUGCCGCUGGGCGGCGCCAGAGGAGGGGAGCGCCCCUGCGCGGGGCGGGCGGGGCGCGGCAGCCGCCAGGGGCGCCCGGGGCGCGGCGGGGCCCCUCUGUGAGGGGAGAGCGCCUCGGGCAGCUGCGGAGCCGCAAACGGGACUGUCCGUCCGCAAGGCACAGCGCCAGGGCAAUGGACAGCACCAGGGCAAGGCACAGCUUAAGCGCGGGCUGCCCAGGAAGGGAAUGUUCCCAAGGAGUGCAGCAUUGAGGCUUUUGGAUUGCCAGUCCUGCGCUGAGCUGGCGGGGCGCAAAGCCUCCUCAAGCACCGCUGCCUCCUCUCCGGACUUCCUGCAAUGCCUUUGCCGACAGAGUCCAAUCAGGCAGGCUGGGGGCAGGCUCGGCUGAUGUUGCAAAGAGCUGCUGUCUGACAGCAAAAAAGACAAAAGCCAAACCAGAAAGGAAGUAUUAGUUCUCAGGCUGAGUUCCUCACAGGUGGAGGCAGGAUUCCCAUAGUUCCCCAAAAGAUGCAGGAAUAGGACAUGAGGAUACUUUGUGGCCCUUACCUUCAUGUCCAGCACCUUGCCAUUGCAGGCCAACGUAGAUCAAAAU